CCACCGGUUUUAUCUCUAAAACGUAAUCCGCUUUUCCGAAGCGACUGACUCUUUAGCCAUCCAUCGAAAAGGGUGGGAAAGAGAAGAGGCAAAGAGCACGCAAGGGCGCAGCAGAAUCACAGAGCUGAAGCAAAAAUGGCAACGAUUACUGCACUUCAGAGCUCCAUGACUUCCCUCUCUAUCUCCUCCAAUUCCUUCUUAGGCCAACGCUUUUCACCUUCUCUCUAUUCCGUGCCGAUGAAGUCCAUGGAAAAGCGAUGUCUCAUUGUAAUGAAGCUUAAGCAAUGGGAGCGGAAGGAAUGCAAACCAAACAGUCUGCCAGUGCUACACAAAAUGCAUGUUAAGGUGGGGGAUACAGUGAAAAUAAUAUCUGGACGUGAAAAGGGCAAAAUUGGAGAGAUUACUAAGGUUUUCAGGCAUAACAGCACUGUGAUAGUGAAAGAUAUUAACUUGAAAACUAAGCACGUGAAGAGCAGAGAAGAGGGUGAGCCAGGGCAGAUUGUCAAGAUUGAGGGACCAAUUCAUAGCUCAAAUGUGAUGCUCUAUUCCAAAGAGCAGAAUGUUGCAAGCAGGGUGGGCCACAAAAUCCUUGAGGAUGGUAGCCGGGUCCGUUACCUCUUGAAAACUGGAGAAAUAAUUGACAGUUCAGAGAAAUGGAAGACAGUGGUAAAGAACAGAGAAAAAACUGAAACAACUGCUUCAUAGGAUGUAGAUGGAGAUCCUUUUCUGUACGCUUACUGGGAUUCUUUGUAUAAUUACUUUUAAACAUUUUUUUUAUGAGUUAAUUACUUUAAAACUUUUCUUGCUUAGUUCCAAAACUCUUGGUGUUGUUUUGGGUACGCAACUUUUCUCGCUUGAGUUUUCAGUUGCUUUCUGUGGUGGAACCAAAUGUUGAACGGGGAAACAAGGAAAGCAGCUCAAUUCUGUAUAUGCAAUGUAGGACCUGGGUCUAUGAGUAUUUAGUAUUUAAUGCUACAUUUUAACUAGUUGAUUCCUUGAAAAUAA